AUGGCGACGGGACCGAGUUGGCAACAAGCAUACAACAGUGCUCCUGGCAACCUAUCUGCCUCUGGAUUAGGGAGUACCAGUCCCUCCUCACCGUCCAAUUUGUUUUACGAGUCGGGGCUCACAAUGGAAUAUACACAAGAUCUGCACCUGAAAAUGAGUAAGAAAAUUGCACAGCUAACAAAGGUCAUUUACGCCCUCAACACCAAAAACGACGAGCAUGAAGAUGCCAUCCAGUCCCUGAAGGAAGCCCAUGAAGAUGAGGUUCAACACAUCUUGACUGAGACCAGGGAAAAAAUCCUGCAGUACAAGAGUAAGAUCGGCGACGAGGCGGACCUGAAGCGCCGCCUGCAGUCCCUGGAGGAGUCAGUGGAGCUUCACGAGCACAUGAAACGGCAGGCGCUGGCUGAAUUCGAGAUGUACCGCCAGCGCAUGGAAGAUACGCAGUUGUGCACCGAGGCGCAGCACACGCAGCGCGUGGUCUCCAUGUCGCGCGAGGUGGAGGAGAUGCGGCACGACUUUGAGGAGAAGCUACGCUCUUUCGGCCAGAUGCAGGCUCAGUUUGAGCAGGAGAAACGGCGGGCUCUGGAUGAGCUCAAAUCUGUUCACCGGCAGGAGGUGCAGGAACUCCUGCAGAACCAACAGAGCCAAAGUGCCUCCUCCAGCAUGGAUCAAGAGAAGCUCGCUGAGCUGCACCGCGCCGAGGUGGAGUCGCUGAUGGAACAAGUGGAGGAGCUGACUCAGGACAAAGUGCGGCUGGUGGAGGAGUAUGAGGCCAAGCUAACCAAGGCCCAGGUUUUCUAUGAACGUGAACUGGAGGCCAUGAGUCGCACGCAGCAGCUCACCACAGAGAACCUGCUGGCCUGGAAGAGGACGGAGGUGGAGCUGAGGAAGGAAUUCCAGGUACAGGAAGCAGCGCUGCAGAGGACCCUGGGAAGACUGCGUGGUGAGUUGCAGAGAGCCCAAGAGGAAGCAAGAGAGACCAGAGACAAAACAAACCGCCUGCAGGCGUCUCUCAAUAAUGCAGAAGUCACCAUCAAGGAAUUGCACAAACAGUUGGACGAGGCCAUUCAAGACGGAGAGAUUUGGGUGAUGCAGCUGAAAGACACGGAGUACGAGUUGGAGCUGAGCCGAGAUCGGGUGCAACAGCAGGCCACUGAGAUCCUUCACAAAGCUAGUCAGAUUGGUACCCUUCAGGCCACUCAGAUGAGCCAUGAAGCCACCAUCAGAGACUUGGGCACCGAGCAGAGCCGUUUGAAGGAGAAGAUUGUGCAGCUGGAAGAGGAGAGAGAGAGACUCCAAAAACAGAGUCAAGCCCUGGAGGAACAGCAGCGACAGCACAUUCUCAACUUGGAGAAAUCCCUGUGUGAAGAGAAGACAGAACAUGAGGUGGAGCUUGAACGGGUUAAGGCCCAAUAUGAGAAAGAGGCAGUUCAACUGAAGGAGAUCCAGGCCCAAGUAUUAGAGGAGCUGGCGGAAAAGCACAAAGCCCUGCAGGAGAACGCACGCAGCGCUGCGGAGAGAGAGAAGAACCAGCUAUUGACUGAGAUGAGGCAACAGUUCGAGAUUCAGCGCCUCUCUUUGGAAGAACAAAGGAAUCACUUGCAACAGCAAGUGGAGACUCUUCGGGAGGAACUCACUGCCAAACUCAACAUCGCCAAUCAAGAGGUGUCUCAUCUUGAGGACAUUGUAAAGGAGAAAGAGGACGGUCUUCGCUCUUCUGAAAGCCAAAUCACUUGUCUGAAGCAGACCCAGGAGAAACUGCUUGUUGAGCUUGAUGCCACCAGAUCCAGAGUGAGAGAGACCAGCAGUAUGCUCACAGACCUGCAGGAGGAGAUAGAAAGCCAGAAACGGAAACAUGAAGCCAGGGUUUUAUCUGUCAAAAGCGAAGAGAAGCAGAAAAUGGACAAAAUGGCCGAAGACCUGAACCUCAAGUGGACAGACGCUCUAAGAGCGGAGCUGAAGGCCCUGAGGGAGGAGCUGACUGAUGAACACGAUGCUGAGAGACAGGCCGCCCUGACUCAGCUGUCCCAGCAGAAAGACCUGGAGCUCAUGGCAGUGCGAGAGGGCUGGCAGAGGAAGGUGGAGGAUCUUCUGGAGCAGAUCUCUCUCCUGAAACAGAGCCUGGAGUUACAGCUCUCCCAGUCAAAGAACGCCCUGCAGCAUCUCCAGGCCCAGUUUAACCAGGAACGAGAGCAGCUGGCCCAGCAGCUCCAGGAGAUGGUCCGGGAACACCAGCACAGGGAGCGCCGGCUGCAGGACGUCCACCACUGUGCAUUACAAGACCUGGAGGAGGCCCGACAACAUGAGCUCAGGGAGCUAGAGGAGCGUCUGAAACAGGAGCAGAGAGAGGAGCUCCAGGCACUGAGAGAGGCUCACAGACAGACCCUGGAGAUCCUCCGCCAGCAGUCUGACCAGGAGCUGCAAACACUGCGCUUUGAGCUGGAGGAUGAGGGCAAGGCCAUGCUGGCCUCCCUUCGCUCUGAACUCAACCACAUACACGCCACCGCUGUCGAGCACAUGAGGCAGGUUCACCUGCAGGAGAACACUGCCGCCAAACGGGAGCUGGAGAAAACCCUGGAGCGAAGCAAACAACACGAACAAGAUCUUCUUGGGCGCAUAUCUGACCUGCAACAAGAAGUGAACUGCAGGAAGAAUCGCAUCGCCGAUCUGGACCACGAGAUUCACUCUCUGAACGAAACCAUUAGCACACUCACUAAGGAACUGGAGCUAAAGGGCAAAGAGGUGCUCCGGAUUCGCAGUGAGGCCAACCAGCAGAUCAGAGCUCACGAACAGGACCUGUCAAAGAGACACGAGAGAGAGAUUGGAGAGUUGAGUGCCACACACCACAGAGAGACACAGAUAAUGCUUUCAGAUUUCAACAAAGCUCAGGAGCUGCUGAGAGACAAAAUCUCUGCCCUGCAAGUCCUGUUGGAAGGCACAGAGGAGAAGUUUAGGAACAGAGAAAGCAGACCUGAGGACCUUCAGAUGAUUGCGGAGCUCAAAGAAAUGGUGGCAGAGCGAGAGUCGCUGGUUAAGAAGCUUGUGGAUGACAAAAAGUUCUAUCAGCUGGAGCUGGUGAAUCGAGACAGUGGCUUCAACAAAGUCUUCAACACCAGCCCCAAUGUGGGCGUGAUUAAUCCUCUUAUCAAGCAAAAGGGUAAAAAAACAGCUCACAGGUUCACCAGCUCUCCAAACCUAAGUGUUGUGGAAGUGGAGGGGAUGGGGGGGAGUAGCUCUACACUGCCCGCCUACCUAGAGUCUGUACCCAACACCCCUAUUCAACACGCUGAGCUCAGCACAGGCAAAUCUCUGCCCCUACCGCCAGUUCCCGAACCCGUCCAGAGGUGA